UUACAAUACAUAUCUAUACAAAUGCUCUCCGGCAAUUCUGUUAUCUAAUCAAUCUGAUUUGAAUAAUAAUAAUUAUAAUGCGUAAUAAGCCUCAUCACUGAUAAUAGGCUUGACUAAUUUGAUAAAUUAACCAUUCAAUUGGGAAUCUUGUUUAGUGUCAUGUGGACAAGUUGAAAGGUUGACGGCAAUCGGCAUCGCAUUUAAUAUUCAGUACAAUGUUUAAGUCCAAAUCAUUUGAUUUGAAAAACGAUGAAGCUGGAAAGCAACGCGAACAUCUCUAUCAACCACGGAAAGCCCAGUGGCUGAAGUACAUAAUGCAGCCAGCUGCAAUUGCCUUUGUUAUUCUUUUAAUAAUCUGCAAUAUAGAUUUCUCAUAUGAUCCUGAUGAGGACAGUGCAAGGACCUUGUCAAGGGCAACGUCUCAUGGAAACUUUGUGCCAAUCUACAAUCAAAAUUUAGUUCAACUAAUUUUCAGCCAUGCCAUGAAUAAAACAGAUUGCCGGGAUCAUAUAACUUUACGCCUUGAGAACUUUAAUUUCCCAAAUGGCGUUAUCACGAGAAAUAGAGUUCACGGCGAAUAUACAUUGCAGAGCCUAAUCUUAAACAAUUGUCGACUGAGGCACAUAGUUGACGGCGCCUUUGAUCAAAAAAGUUUGCACAAGCUACAAAAUCUGGAAUUAAUUAAUACCAAACUGAAGAAACUCACGAAUGAAACACUUCGAGGCCUCUUACAUCUCUCCAACUUUACACUGAUCAAUAAGAGAAAAUCUUUGAGAUGUAAAGGACUUUUGUUGCCCGUGGCGCACAGUCUACGAUCCGUAAAGAUAAAUCUGCCCUAUACGAGAAAAAUCUAUGAGCCUACAUAUUUCUUUGGCCAAGUAGUUUAUAAACAUUUAAAGGUCUUAGAUCUUAGCGGAAAUAAUAUCGGAGAAAUCGUGGAAAACCAGGCUUUUGAGCAUAUGCCAGCUCUAGAGCAUCUUAACUUGGCGAAUUGUCGAUUGAGAAGUAUUCACUUUGAUCUGAGUAACGAACUUCGAUAUCUGGACUUGAGUGGCAACAAACUAACAGAGUUGAGUGUUCAGUUUAUAUUAGCUGCAAGAGAUGGUAGUAUAAAGCUUAAUCUUGCGGCUAAUAAUUGGGAUUGUAGCUAUGCCAAUGUGGAUCUGUUUGAGCUCUUAAACAUAAAGCCUUGCGUCGAGUCUGUAAGAAAAACACGGGAAUUGAUUAGUGAUGCUAAUACUCUAGGUGAUUCAUAUGACACCACUGAAGAUAUACAAUCGACAUACGAAACUAUAAUAGUAUCAACAACAACGUCAAGAACCACACAAUCUUCAACUAACCAACAAGCUCCGGCCAGGACAACAACGCCAACAACUACGCAAUCUCCAGCUAAGCAGCAAGUUCCGGUCAGAACAACUAGUUCAACAACUGAAGCAACCACAACUACAACCGAAGCAACCACAAUAGCACCAACCACAAUAGCACCAACCACAAUAGAACCACCGACAACUGAACCAAGCACAUGGAUCACUGAGACGACUCAGAACACAGCAUCUGACUCGAACACUCCAUGGGAUAUACCAGUGACAACUGAAUCAGAGAACGAUGAAAAUUCUCUGCUCUAUGACGAUAUCGUUUGUGUGAAUGCCCAGAAGGAGAGUCUCGGCAGCCAUGCCAUUGCCUACAAUGCAAAGAUGACAAUUGUGGAUGAUUCCGAGAGUACGGUCAAUGUGAUUUUGUCUCAAUUUAAGGCGCAUGUCUGGAGCAUCGUAUACUUUUCUAAUACCAUGGAUAAACGUCAGAUUGAUAAUGGCAAUUCAGUUGAUGAAUUGAAUAGGAAAAUGCUACAGAUUAAUGACUUAAAUUGCGGAACUUCAUACGUAUUUUGUCUGAUUAUAGACAUAAAUACGACUUCUCCAUUUAAUUGCCGUUCGCAUCGCACAAGGCCUUGUCUCUGGCAGCGAUUGUGGUUCGAGAGAAACAGUGUUUCGAUAAUAAUUUCAGCAAUCUUUGGAAUACUACUGAGUGUAGCUCUCGGUGUACUCGCUGUGUACGCCAUUCUCAGGAUGCGCCCGAGCUGGCUUUGGGGCAGCAAACGGCUGCUGCGCCCGACAUCACAGUCAAAUACAAUGCUUCUGCUGCCAAGAGAAUACGAAAAGGAGGCUUACGAUGCCAUACGCUAUGCCAAUCCGAAUGGCAGCAUCCACGAAUAUGCAUCUUACUACCGACACUUAGAAGAAGCCCAACUCUAUCGAGGAGGAUCGAAUAAGUACAAUGUACCACCCAUAGAACGUGCACCAUCCAUACCUCCAUCCGUGCAUAAAAACAAAAUAUCCACAGUUCCUAAUACAUAUACCUAUGAAUCCUUUGAGGUGUAUGAAGAACUUUACUAA